CAAAUGGCUGAGAAAAUCGCUCUUGUUGAAUGUUAUCUGAGCUGCCAUGUGUGUUCAGAGACUUUCAGAGAUCCUGUGUCUCUGAGCUGUAACCACAGCUUCUGUUCGAGCUGCCUGCAGACAUUCUGGGAACAAAGUAAGAACAAAAACUGUCCCAUUUGUAAAAGAAAGUCCUCCAAAGAUCCUGUGGGGAACUUUGCACUGAAGGAACUGUCUGACACCUUUGCUGAGAGACAGAAAGCUGGAUCAUCUGAGACAGAGAAAGGAGAGAAGAAGAAGGUGGAGACGGUGUGUAGUAAACAUCCAGAAGAGCCUAGAUUGUUCUGUAAGGAUGAAGAGAGAGCUGUGUGUCCUGUCUGUGAUAUUUCUCUCCAUCAGAGUCACAAGGUGGUUUCUGUAGAACAAGCAGUCAGUGAGCUGAAGGGCCUGCUGAAAUCUGACUUAGAGUCUCUGCAGGACAAGAGGGACAAAUACAAAGGAGUGGAGAAAACCUACAAUAAAGUGAUUCAAGGUUCCAAGAAGCAGCUGCUGUCCACAGAGAGGCAGAUCAGAGCAGAGUUCAUCAAGCUCCAUCAGUUCCUGAAAGAGGAAGAGGAGUCCAGACUGGCAGCUCUGAGGGAGGAAGAGGAGCAGAAGGGGAAGACUAUCAGCAGAGAGAUGAAGAGCAUUCAGGAGCACAUCUCCUCUCUGUCACACAGUAUCUCUGCUGUUGAAGAAGAGCUGCAGAAACACAACGGGCCCUUCCUCAGCAGUUAUAAAGCCACUCAGAGCAGAGCCAGAGUCCAGAGCGCACUGUCAGACCCACAGCUGCUCCCAGGAGCGCUGACAGAUGUGGCCAAACACCGGGGCAACCUGUCCUUCAGAGUCUGGGAGAAGAUGAAGGACCAGGUCCACUUCAGUCCUGUCAUUCUGGACCCAAACACUGCAUACAGCUGGCUCCAUCUGUCUGAUGAUCUGACCAGUGUGAGACAAGGAGACACAUCUCAGCAGCUUCCUGAUAAUCCAGAGAGAUUCACUAAGUUUGCUACUGUUCUGGGCUCUGAGGGCUUCAGCUCAGGGAAACACAGCUGGGAGGUGGAGGUGGGAGAUCAUCCUGCCUGGAAUAUAGGUGUGGCUAAAGGGUCAGCUGACAAGAAGGGAGAGAGACCAGAUGCCUCACCAAAAUAUGGAAUGUGGUGUUUAAUACAUCGCAAUGGAAAAUACUUUAAUGGUGCUGUUGAGACUGUGAGAGUGGAGAAGAAUCUCCAGAGGAUCAGAGUCCAGCUGGACUAUGACAGGGGGGAGGUGUCCUUCUAUGGCCCUGAAGACAUGACUCACAUCUACACUCUCAGAGACACUUUCACUGAGAAACUCUUCCCAUAUUUCAGUAUUGGACCAGCUGGUGAUGCUAAAACUGCUCAUAUCAAAAUCUGUCAAAGUGAGAUUCCUCUGUGAUGCUCAGGAGUGUUGGUUCAGACUUUAUUCUGACUUCACUGUCUGUCUACAUCUCUUUGGAACAAUCAAGAAAAAAUAAUCAACAGAUGAUAAUGAGAUAUUCAUCUUUUAUUUGAUUAAUCUAAUGACAUGUUUACACAUACUCAAAGAGUCAGUCAAAGACAAAAACAAACAGAACAACUUGAUUGUUUAUUGCUAUAGUUUAUUUUGUAUCAUACUUUAUUACAGUGUGUUUAUAGUUUUCAUUUAACUCACAGACACUUUAUUAAAAUCGGAAAAUCAUUUAGCCCUGAGGGGUCCCUCAGGGCUCUGUUCUUGGUCCCCUCCUCUU